GUUUUCAAAGAGUGCAGUAUGGAUCAAUGGUUAUGGUUACGAAAGUACAUCAAGUGAUAAUUGCCCAGUAUAUGUUGGAGUUAACCCAUAUGACUAUAUUGUCAAUUACAAUUCUAAAGCGGCACCUCGAAUUGGAGCAUCAGUAACCGUUGCACUUUCAAUAUACUAUGACUGCGCUACAGUUGGAAAUGAAUACGCUAAUUGUUUAAGUUGCGAUGUUAAGUAUCAAACAUACUACCAAUAA